GAAAUACCCCCAUUGAAAGCUUAUACAAUUGGUUCGAAAGAUGAAGAAAUGGUUGGGAACCCAGGCUUCUAUCAAUAUUGCUAAAGUCUUGUCUAUCCAGGAGUUAAUGAAUUCCACGCCGAGGCAUUAUUACGAUGAACACGGUGUAGUUGGUCUUUUUAUAGAUAAUGAAGUUGGAAUUUUAAAUGUUUAUGCUCUUGCCCAUCAUUUUAGAGAGAGUGGAACAGUAUACGAAGAAGAUUGUCCUAUCACUGAGGAGCAGGUUUUCCUGGAUGAGAGCACAACGACUGAGGGAUGUGAGAGAAUUAUCCCAAGCAUUUGUGACGUUCAUUCUAUCUAUGAUUACAUAGCGGACUAUGGUGGUGAGGAUGGUGUAUCAAUGUUUCAUCAAGAGUUGGAGUAUCAGCUCAGGGAGGGAGGACCACUCAGUAUUCAAUUCGAAGUGUAUCCUUCUUAUUACACCACUCAGGGAAACCUCUAUAAUCCUUCUAAUUCUGAACUUGAGUUCAUUUCUCUUGGUGGACACUAUGUCAUCGCCACUGCAUUAGGCACACUUGAUGGAUUCCUCGCCUUGGAUGUUUGGAGAACGACUGAUCCGAGACAGACAAAAGUUGUAUACUCUGUUGUUUGAUUUGGUUGCCAACAAAUUUUAAGAACUGGG